AUGUCUGCUAAAGUUAUCAAAGGAACAGUAUUAUGUCUGCAUGGGUUUGCCCAGACCGGCCCCAAUUUCUCUGUCAAGGCCUCGGGGAUCAGAAAGGCCCUCAAGAAAAUCGGCUAUCAUACCGUCUUCAUGAAUGCGCCAAUCGAGCUGAAACCGGCUGACCUUCCCUUCGAAGUGUCCGAUGUUAGCAAGUUUGGAGGUGAUACAGCUGAAGAUGCUCAGUUCCGUGGUUGGUGGUACACCAAUGACGACUUUGACAUUGAGCCAGCCUUCCAGUCCCUCAGAGACGUUUAUGCUGAAAGUGGUCCAUUCGUGGGUAUCCUCGGUUUCUCUCAGGGUGCCGGACUUGCCACUAUCUGCUUGAACGAAUGGCAAAAGAUUAUUCCAGGUGCUGAGCCUCUCAAGUUUGGUAUACUUUAUUCAGGGUUCAGAGUCAAGCCAGAGAAGUACCAGCAUUUCUACGCAUCUCCAAUCGAAAUUCCCUCAUUGCACCUUUACGGCGAGUUGGACACUUUGGUCUCAAAUGAUCGCUCCGAAGAAAUCGUUAAGCUUUGCAAGGAGGGUACUGCCACCGUUAUCAAGCACCCUGGUGGACAUUUUGUCCCCAAUACUAAGGACUUGUUGAAAAAGGAGGUCGCAUGGGUAGAAAGCGUCCUCAACCCUGAAGAACCAGUUGAUGAGUCAGCAAAGACUUCCAAGGACGAGGCUGCUGAGCUAAAUGAGCUCGCCAAGGAAAUCGACCAACUCGGAGUUGCUUAA